AUGGAAAAGCUAACAAACUCUAUUACAUUUGAAGAACUAAAAAAAUAAUCUUUUACUUUGGAGAUUUAAAAUACUCCAUUAAAGAAGCCUGAAAUGGUUAAAAAAUAUCUAAUAAACCACUAUUAAGAUAGAGAAGAAUAAAAUAUCUAUUAUGAAUUUAAUAAUAUGACUCACCCUGACAAUAAAAGAUUCAUUUCUACUACGGGAAAUGGGUUAUUUGAUUGCAUAUAAGCUGCCUAUGCACUUCAUAUGGAUUUAUGCCUUUCUGCUGAUGAUCUUUGGAUUUCUGUUUGCAACAACUUAAGCAAUCAUAUAAAUAAUAAUUCAGAAAAAUAUCGUCAUUUCUUUGUUAAUCAUGAAGGAAAAAAAGAAUUAAGAGUAACUUUACCAGUAGAGCAUUUUACUAAUUUUCCAAAUAAGAAAAAUAGAUGGGAUUUAGUAACUGAUUUACUAUCAGAAGAAAUUAAGAAAAAUACAGAAGGAAAUAUAGCUUAACUAAUGACAAAUGAUUUCUCUACAUCAGGAUUAAUAGACAAAGUAGGUUCUUAAAUAUGUUUGAUGGCAACUAUGAAAUCGUAUUUCUAAUACACAGGUAUAAUUCCUAUGUGUGGAAUAUAAAAUAUACAUUUUAAGGGUGGUGAAGCUGAUUUUACUAAAUUAGUUUAAAAAGUUAAAUCCCUCAGAUAAAACUAUUCCUUAGACGAAUAAUUAUCUACAUAUUUAACUAAUAUUGAAGAGAUCUUUAAUAAAAUUCUUGAAUAAAUUUGCAAUAAGAAGGCUGAUGUCGAUUUUUGGAAUAAAAUCUUAGAUGAAGAAGAAACUUUUAUAAGAAUAGGAUCAGGAUGCAGUAGAAAAGUAAAAUACACAGGUUGGAUUGUUAAACUUUUUGGUCUCUAUAAUGAUAAUAAAGAUUUUAUUGACAGAGAUUCUCUGCCAAGCUUUUAAUCUGAGGCUCCCGUUCUAAUCAUAGAUAUGAAUUAAGGGGGAAAGAAAUUCAAUUUUGCAUUUAAAUAGUCUUUUUAUGGUUUUGAAGAAAUAGCUCCAAAUACUUUAAAACCUAUUUCUAACAUUUGUAUUGAACUUAAAAAUGAGUGA